AUGACGACUGCCAGCUCGGUGCCGACGGGGGAUCUGACGACCCAAAUCCUGCAGAAACUCUCGCAGCAAAGUCCCAUUGUAACCUCCGAAGCCUUCCCAUCCAUUCCCUCAAAAGAUGUCAAAGCCGCACUGGACCGACUGGGCUCAAGGUCCAUGAUCACCUACGAGACACAGACACGAGAGGAGGUCGUUCUGGAGCCCGAAGCCGAGCAAAUCAUUGAACACGGCAGCCACGAAUCUCGUGUUUUCGAGGCACUUCGCCAGGCGGUGGAGGGGCUGUCGGUCCAGGAACUGCAGCAGGCCAUUGGCGACAAGAACGUGGUCAGCGCCGGCCAAAAGGUCGGAUUCAAGGACAAGUGGAUUGCCAAGGGCAAGGAGGGCAAACUCGUGGCUACUGUCGACUCGAUUCAGGAUACCACGCGGGCGCAGCUGCUGGAGAUCAGGGAGACUCGUACGGCCGAGCCCAAGCAAGUGAGCGAGCUGAAGAAGCGCAAGCUCGUCAAGAUGCAAAAGGUCAUCAGCUUCACCGUGGACAAGGGCCCCAAGUUCGCCUUGGAGAUUGAGAAGGAGGAGACAGAUCUGACCUUUGAGAUGCUCAGCUCAGGGUCGUGGAAAGAUACCAAGUUUAAGCCGUACAACUUCAAUGCACUCGGAUCGGAACAGCACGCCGGCGCCUUGCAUCCCCUGAACAAGGUCCGACACGAGUUCCGGCAAAUCUUUUUUGAGAUGGGUUUCGAGGAGAUGCCUACCAACAAGUUUGUCGAGACCGGCUUCUGGAACUUUGACGCGCUCUUUGUACCGCAACAACAUCCCGCGCGUGAUAUGCAGGAUACGUUCUACAUUUCAGACCCCAAAGUGGCAGACAGGCCGCGCGCCGAGGUGGAGGGACAGGACACGCAACAGUACUGGAACAACGUCAAGGAGGUACACCAGGAUGGCAAGUUUGGCUCAACUGGCUACAAGUACCCCUGGUCAGCAGAUGAGUCGCUCAAGCUCGUGCUGCGCACACAUACUACAUCCAUUUCGACAGCGAUGCUGUACAAGUUGGCAUCCAGGAAGGGGCCUGACGGGCGGCCACCACCCGCACGGUACUUCUCGAUCGAUCGCGUCUUCCGUAACGAGACUGUCGACGCUACACACUUGGCCGAGUUCCACCAGGUCGAGGGUGUCAUUGCCGACUACGGCUUGACACUGGGUGGUCUCAUGGAGUUCAUGGAGGUCUUCUUCACCAAGAUGGGCAUCACCGACCUCAAGUUCAAGCCAGCAUACAACCCGUACACCGAACCCAGCAUGGAGAUCUUCAGCUACCACAAAGGGUUGGGCAAGCUGGUUGAGAUCGGCAACAGUGGCAUGUUCAGGCCGGAGAUGCUGGAGUCCAUGGGCCUCCCCAAGGACAUGCGUGUCUUUGGCUGGGGUCUGAGCCUGGAGAGGCCGACGAUGAUCAAGUACAAGAUCUCGAACAUCCGCGAGCUAUUGGGCCACAAGGUGGACCUCAACUUCAUCGAGAGGAACCCCGCUGUGCGGCUGGAAAAGGAGUAG